GCUGCACGAGUGUAAAAGCCAUGAGAAUUCCAUGCAUUCGCAUAGACUCCGGACUCAGUAGUCUCGAGGAGCUUUGCGAUGACGGCAGGACUACAUGGUGCCCGCUUAGGAGGAUUGAACCCCUGCGACAGCGUACUCAGACGCCAACGGCAACAUGCACUUCGGAUCCGAGAUGCCAACAGUGCAGCUUGUGACAGUAGCCGAAGGGUGCAGCUGAGCUUGGAAGCGACGCAUGCAAUCCUACGAUAGGCAGGUAACGGUCUUCACCAUCCACACCGAAGCUUGAUCCCACAGAUUCAGUGUAAUCAAAAUCAUUAGCACGCCAUGGUCAUACCCAACGACGCGGCCAAAUCUGUCUACGACCGCCUCCCUAUCGACGGUGACCAGCUGCGAUUGGUUGGCAUACAGCCCGGAAAACCCGAUGCUGAUGUAGUAUGUAGUCUUGAUGUUUAUACCCCUAAGACGAGCUACAGGACAUUGUCGUACUGUUGGGGUGCUGUCCAGAACCUGCGAAAGAUUCAGCUUGAGGGAGUCAAGUUCCAGGUAACGCCCUCUUUGUAUGAUGCGCUGACUCACCUUCGCCACGAUACUGAGACCGUCUGGAUCUGGAUCGAUGCAAUCUGUAUUAAUCAAGAGAGUGAUGACGAGCGGAGCAGACAAGUGGAGCGCAUGGGUGCCAUUUUUGGAAACUCCACAAAAACGACAGUCUGGCUCGGUGUUGGCUUCGACGAGCAGCAGAGAGCGGUCAACUUCUUGAACUUCUGCGCUCAAGAGUUCGUCCGUGCCAAUGGCGGGCAAGCGGAUCGGGUGUGGGAAUACUCUGACAGCUCUCUGCGAGUGCCACAACUCCUUCUCCGUAACCUGAAGGCAAAGCUGCUGAGUGCGACCAAAGCUAGUCCCAUGCUGAAGAUUGAUAACUGGAAAGCAGUUGGAAAGCUCGCAGAGCGGCCAUGGUGGCGUCGACUAUGGGUAUUGCAAGAGGCUGUUCUUGCGAAAGAGGUUUCUUUCCAAUGCGGACAUGCUACUAUUGACCUCAUUUCGCUCGCCAUGCUGCAUGUUCUCGUUGAGUUCUCCCACCACCUCACAUACUGGCCUAAUGAAGGCACCGACGGCUCCAAGCUUGACGAACUCGCUGUCCACAUCCAACGAGCCUUAGGGUCAAACGAGAAGAUCUACGAGAUGUUCGUUGCACGGACACAGCACCAACGUUACAAGCAUCGCAACUACAUGGCUACGUUCGGCGACCCUCUGUUCACAAUUGCGCAGCUUUCCUACCGACAGGCGCACGAUCCUAGAGAUAAACUCUAUGCUGUGAAAGGAUUAAUGAGUCGCUCGGACGUGGUCCACGCAGAUUACAAGAAGAGCCUCAUCUUCGCCUACCCAGACUUCGCGUCAGAUCACGCGAAACACUGGAGGGAACCUUUCCUACGCAUCUUGAGCUACGCCGGUAUAGGCCAUGGACGGCUGCCCGGUACUGUAAUGGCCUCCUGGAUUCCGGACUGGCGAUUGUACGAGAUUGGCCAUUUGGACCGUGAGAUGCCGACGCCGCUCGACAAUAUCGGGUUCCAGGCCGGCAAGGAGCACGUGAUCGACGCUGCAAUAUUCUCCACAACUCACUUGCUUGUUCAAAAGGGCGUCAUCUUCGAUCGAGUGACGAAGCGAGCCUCUAUGGGUGUACGCACUGCGAAUGAACAGCUGUACGGCUUUGAUCUGUUGAAUUACGGCUCACACAAAGCGGACUCCCCGUAUCCAGGCACCGGUACCUGUCGCAUGCAUGCGCUGCUCAGAACUCUGUUGGCAGACUGUUGGUCAGAAGGUCAGAGCGUUCGCAUCGGUAACAAGGCUGACGACCGUACACUACUGUCAGAGUGUAUGGCGGGCAUGGCGGUCUGGUACCACCUCAACUGCAGACAGCCGGGCACUGUAAUCCAUCGGAGCCCCGGACUUCCACCGGUUAUACCUGUCAGAUUCUUGAAGCCCACACCCGGACUAAAGCAACAGCACGAUACACCACAAGAUUGGGGGGUUGGGUCUCUCUUCCCAUGGUCACCUGAAGUGCAUCUUAAGCCGGAGACCGCUAUGAAGCAAUGGCCCAAAGGUGUAAAUCUCGAGCGAGCGAUGAACAGAGGCUCCAGGUACCUCGAAUACGCCUGUGGCAGAUACACCAAGCGCCGAACGUUCUUCGGAACGGAGAAAGGCUACUAUGGUCUCGGCCCAGCGAACCUCCAGGAAGGUGAUAUAGUAUGCGUUUUCCAUGGUUGCAACAUACCGCAUCUGCUACGUCAGAAGGAGAACAUGCGGCCUUACGAUGGCCAUUGGUGGAAGAAGGAACAUGAAGGAUAUGAGCACGUCGGGGAGGCGUAUGUCCAUGGUAUUAUGGAUGGCGAGGCGAUUGAUCAAGCUGCUCAAGGCAACUUGCACGUGCGUGACUUUCUCAUUGGAGGAUGCCCGCCGAAGAGGUACCCUCAUGCGCCAUAAAGCUGUAGCGGUCCAUUGUUAGCGAAUGAGCACAUUCAUUGAGGCACUGCGUGUAUAGACUGACG